AUGGCAGCGAGGCCGCGGACGCCCGCGCAGGGCGCUGACGGCUCGGUGCCAGCGCCCGACGCAGACCACAUGAACCGAGGCUACGGAGGUAUGGGCGCGCAAGACUUUGGCGGAGGUACUGGAGCUCCAGUUGAAACUUCUCCUCUAUCGCAGUCGGUACCACAGCCAGGAACCGGAACGUCGGACGACAUGGAGCAACGUCCCAUGUCCAAAGGAUCCACCGCGCCGUCAACCACACUAGCUUCUGAAGGACCGUCACGGCACAACACGCUGAAGAAGAAGAAUUCGGUGAAGAGGCAGUCCAGCUUAAAGAGGAGCGGUAGCAAGAAGAGUCUGCGAAGCGCCAAGAGCGUCACCAUUGACCCUGACGCGCUGGAUCCUGGCUUCAACAAUGUCUUCCAUACGCCAGUUCCGACGCAUGGCACUCCUACGGAUAUAUUGGCGAACCGGUUCCAGGCCUGGCGUAAGCUUCUGAAAGAUAUCAUUACCUAUUUUGGAGAGGUGCAAGCCUCUUAUGAGCAUCGGUCGAAAGCGUUGGUCAAAGUCUCGAACACUAUCAACAACCUCAAUGCACCUUCGCUAUUCAUUACUGAUGGCGGCCUCAAUGACGCCAACCGCAUCUUGCGAGACUACCACAAGCACACCGUGAUCGAGGCAGCGAAAGCGCGCGACAUCGAGCAUGAUGUGAUCACGCAGUUGACUGGCCUUCGUGCAGACCUAGCACAGAAGAUCAAGGAGAUCAAAUCUCUCUCGGGAGACUUCAAAAACUCUGUGGAUAAAGAAAAGGAGGGCACACGCAAGGCAGUUGCAACGUAUCUAGAAGCGGUGGAUAUGAUGGAUAGCGAUCCGCACGGUGCCGUGGGCAAAGUUGAUCCGUACAUUGUCCGCUUGAGUGUUGAGAGGCAGAUUGAGCGUCAGAUCGACGAAGAGAAUUACUUGCACCGAGCGUAUCUUAAUCUUGAAACUUCCGGCCGCGAGCUGGAAUCGAUUGUCGUCGGCGAGAUCCAGAAGGCGUACAAUGCCUUGGCUACCAUCCUCAAGCGCGACGCUGAUGAUUCGUACGAAGCUGUGGAACAGCUGCGCUCUGGCCCAAUCGCCAUGCCGAGAGACCGGGAGUGGAACCAAUUUGUUGAGCAUGACCCGCACUUCGUCAACCCGAAGCUCCCGCUCAGAAAGGUUCACGAGAUCGAGUAUCCUAGCAAGAACCACCCUGCUGCGACUGAGGUCAGAGCUGGUAUGCUGGAGCGUAAGAGCAAGUAUUUGAAGAGCUACACUCCUGGCUGGCAAGUCUUUUCCCAUCUUCAAACCAAACAGCACCUAACGCCUUCAACUAGGUAUGUCCUAUCGCCAACUCAUCUCCAUGAGUUCAAAUCGGCCGACCGCAUCUACUCGCAACCACCAGUUAUGUCACUGUUUCUGCCCGAUCAAAAACUCGGAUCGCAUUCCGAGGCUGGAUCGACGUCUCACAAGUUCAGUCUCAAGGGCCGUCAAGCCGGCGGCAUGCACCGCGGUCACUCUUGGGUAUUUAGAGCUGAGUCUCACGACACGAUGCUAGCAUGGUUCACCGACAUCAAAGCUCUCACCGAAAAGACUGGCGAAGAGCGCAAUGCAUUUGUCCGUCGAUCCCACGCCCGCAGCGUCAGUGGCAACAGUGCCAAAUCUGUAAGCAGUGGAUCCGGCAUCGACGAAGACGAAGAGGACGAAGCGCCGUACUCUGCUCCUCCCGCAAUCAAGGUAUCAACCCCAGAGCCGGCACCCCAGAGGCCGCAACCAGGUGGGCGCUUCCCAAGUGACCUUCAAAUCAACCGUCAUUUGCAAGCCCCACCAUCCGCUUCUAGUGAAGGCUCUGAUCCCGGCAAUGGGAAUGAGGAUCUGAGCACGACGGGUGGAGGCUUACAAGGUGCGGCUUUGUCAACAGGGCCGACGAGGGAGCAUCAAGCCGUCCAACGCGAGCCGUCUCAGCGCAGCCUUUCGCGGGACAACCGCGCCGAUGAAACCCCUGAUGAAGGUAACCCUGCUCAUAACGUAUUCGUAGCCUUACCAGAGCCCUCGCGCGAACCCCAGCGGGAAGCCCCUCAAGAGCUUCCCACUAGCGCAACGCCUGCCGCCGCUGCAGCUCACCGUGACCCGACACCCAGCUACUUCCAUGGGCACGACAAAUCGUCUCAGGCCGCGUCGUCGAAGCCUCCAGACCAGGAACGUAAAACUGACAGAGACGACACACAUUCAUUGCAAGCCCCAGAGUCACGGAGUAUCCACAAUGCACCCGCAGCCAACAAUAACCCGACUGCAACCUAUCCGACGCAGCAGUAUCAAAGCCAAGAGCAUCCUACCCAAGUCUCUAACGAAGCACCUGCACAACAGCAGCCUUUUUUAGGGGAAACCCAGCCUGAGAUCACCGGUCAGGCUGGGCCCUUGUCUCAGCCUUCUCCAGUAAGGCAGAACAGCAGCUACGGUGAUUGGAUGGCUCCGGCUGCAGCCGGCGUUGGCGGUGUUGCGGCGGGUGCUGUUGGGGCCGAGGCAUAUCGGAGGCAUCAGGCGGCGGAUGAGGAGCCUAAGAGGCUGAGUGAAGAAAAAGAUAUGCGACCGCAAGAGUAUCAAGGGGAACAGGUUCCCGAAUCCGAGCAGGAACGUUUCUCCGCCGGUGCCCCGCUUGUGGCGCCUCUUUAUCUGAGCCAGAAACAGACCACUAAACCAGAGAAUGUGCAAGAGCAAGACGGUGAGCCUAAGGAGGAUGUUUCGCCUGCGCGUACGCCUCCUGCUGCACCGCUUUAUAUGAGGGAACAGCAAAGGGAUAAGCAGGAGUAUCAGCAAAAGCGAGAGAGCAUGGCUGAGGAGAAACCUCUGACUACAGAUACAUCUCCUGAGGCAUCUUUAGCAACUGGUCAGCAAUACUGGGGUCAAACCCCAGUGAACCCUGCGUCUUUGGACAUAUCCUCGGCUGGAUUCACGCCGGUAGGCGCGUCAGAUGUCACGGCGCGGCAGCAAGAGGCGGGUUCAUAUGAAUCUCCGCCUACAGAUGCCAUGCUGUCUACAGCAGGCGGUCUCGCUAUGGUUCAGCAGAAACGCGACGAGCCGUCCUUCGAGCCGGUCACUGGCAGUCCGACAUCACCCGCAACAACUCCCUUCGUAGAGCCGCAGCACCAAGACGAUGAGAUUCCGCCUGAGCGCGCUUCUCCAGGCGGGGCUGCCGAACCUCUUCUUCCUGCAGUGGAUGCGGACCCCGAGGAACAGCAUAAGGACCCACCAUAUCCGACCUCCGGCGUCAUGGCUACAGAAAUGCCAACCGGACCGAUGCAGGUUCCUUUCUCGCCAGCUGAGCCUAGUCCAGCCGAGACACCUGUCCUCGAUAGUGUGUACAAUGCGCCGAGUGAUUCUUUCGUCCCACCGGCCAGCUUCAUGCAGGCUCCUUAUUCACCAGCGGAGCGUAGUUCACCUCAGUUACCCAUCCACAGUCCACAGACAAGCCCUCCUCGCGAUUUCUCCGUCGAGCCAACAAAUUCGAACUACAAGCAAACUCGCGCCCCAAGCGAUGACCUCUCCCCGGCACCACCACCCGGCCCAGCCGUCUAUGAUGAGCCUAGAACUGUGGACGAUGAACCCAGCGCUGUGGACGACAAGCCCAACACUGUCGAUGAGGACCCGCAGCCCCAAACUAGGAGCUCCCUCAGCAGCAGCGCAGCAGCCUUCCUAGGCACAAUCAGUAGUCCGAGCAGGUCAUUCGCCGAGGACAGAACCGGCGGGCCGACGCAGAUGCGCGAGACGGGCCACAUCUUUCCGGCUCUGCUGAGGCAUAAUACUGAUAUGAGCGUUAGUCAGUUACAUAUUCCUGGAGAAUACCCGAAGACACCUAUGGACGAGUUUAAGGGGUAUUGA